UUCCACACAAAAUUGGGUUUCUUGCAUGCUUGAUUUCUGGGUCAAAAUGUUCUUGGUGUAUAUCAAUACAAUGCUUUUCAUGUUGAUUAUUUUUCUUGAUAACUCAGGUAUCCGGGUCAGCUUACGCGCGUCUCGGUUAAUCUUGGGGCCCAAUCCCAUCGCUCACUUGCGGGGAGUCCAAUUAAAAGUAUGAACUGGUCCCAAAGGAGUUGGUAGCACGUGAAAGGUUUCAAACCUGAAAUUCUAGGAGGGAGCAAAUCCCUUAAGUCAUGAGCCUUAACCACUAGACCGACCUCUUUGGGUGAAUGACAAUAAUGGGUGCCAAACCUUUAUAAUAACUUGAAAUUGUCUGUCAACAAAGGAUUUAGACAAGUUCUGGGGAGGCUAAUGACUAAUUUGUGAACGGUAAUAAUGGGACCAUUGUGAAUAUGAAAGUCUCAUUUUUGGGUUUAUGGUUGUGUUGUGUUUUUACUGGCAGAUGUCUAUAUCAUCAGACGCCAAAGUGUUUGUGGUGGUGGUGUUUGAUAGAGCUGCUAGGGUUCUCUUUGGUUGCUCUGCUGAUGAAUUUUUUGACUUUGCCAAGCUUCACCCCUUUUCUGCUGAGACUGCUGCUAAAGCUCUGGAGGGAGAAAUGCUGAGAGUGACCCUAUCAAAACCAAAGAAUGGUAAUGAACAACAUCAGCGAGUGGUGUCUGUUGUUCCUUUACGUUCUGGUUUUCGACCUGCCAUCGAGAACUUGAGAGAAUUGUACGGGUAAGAGUUGGUUCAUAACCCUUGUUAUUCAUCUUGUAUGCUUUGUUGAAGUUGGAUCAGAAUUUUACCAAGGGUUAAUACCCCUGCAGUGAUAGUUGAGCCUAAAAACUUGAACUCCGUAUCAUGUCCAAAUUUUUGUGUAGAGUGGUGGCAAUGUGAUUUUCAGGUACUUCAAUUUGAUUGCUUUUAGUACAGUGUCCGUUCAAUCUGUUUGGGAUCCGUUGAGACAAGAUCAUCAGUUUUUUGGGUACUUAAUCGGCUAUCGAAAAUGAAGAGAACCCGAGACAGAGAUGUGAAUGUUGCAACAAGAGAUGGUUGCCAAAAAGGAACAAGAUAAUUUGAAUGUCCCUAUUAAUUUUUGCUUUCAUUUAUCAUACAUUUGAACAGUCUAGUAGGAAUGGCUUGUUACAUGGGGCCAAGCUGUCCCGUAGACUUGAUCACAGAGAGCCUUGUGUCCACCUCCUCAGCAUUUCCAGCGCAGCUUUGGGUUGAUCCAUUG